AAGAAAACGUCAGCACGUACCGGCGCGGGAGGCGCCAGGACUGCGACGAGGACUCGGUGGUCCGGCCGCGUGGGCUCACACGAGGCAGCUCGCGGCGUCCGGCCGCGCGGGACUGCUCAAGAUGUCGUACAUGCUUCCGCAUCUGCACAAUGGCUGGCAGGUAGACCAGGCCAUUCUUUCGGAGGAGGACCGCGUGGUCGUCAUUCGUUUCGGACACGACUGGGACCCCACUUGCAUGAAGAUGGACGAGGUUCUGUACAGCAUCGCCGAGAAGGUUAAAAAUUUUGCAGUUAUUUAUCUUGUGGAUAUCACAGAAGUGCCGGACUUCAACAAGAUGUAUGAGCUGUAUGACCCUUGCACUGUCAUGUUUUUCUUCAGAAACAAGCAUAUCAUGAUUGAUUUGGGCACUGGCAACAACAACAAGAUCAACUGGGCCAUGGAAGACAAGCAAGAGAUGGUUGACAUCAUAGAGACCGUGUACCGUGGGGCUCGCAAAGGCCGGGGUCUGGUGGUGUCUCCCAAGGACUACUCCACUAAGUACAGAUACUGAGCACUGCCCUCCCAGGCUGUGCAGAGGACACUGGGAGCCACUUCCGUGUAGACACACUCAGCUCUUCAGAGCCUUUGGAAAGGGCUUGCAGCACAACAUGGCUGUAGGGCUGGAGGAUCCUUGAGCUGAGAGUUCUGGGGCCUUAACUAGCUGAAGCAAAUAAACAUGGUGAAGGAACAGUAGAAA